AUGGAUGCCAGAAAGUCUUCCGAUGAAUUCGCUGAAGAGAUUGAAGUACGUGUCGAACUCCCUGCAAUCCUUGCCGAGCACCCUGAGUUCUUCACUCCACGCAAUGAACCUUUUCAUGGUGAUCCCGUGGGAGAUGCCCGUCGUGUCGCUUUCCUAGACCUGGUUACGAAAAGAACCAAAGAAGGCAGCAGCACGGUGGACAUAGUAUCCCCACGUGAGACACCAAAGGAAUGGCUUCAGAGGCUCACCACGGUCGACUUUUCAGAUUCUUCUGCUAUCAGCAACCAUGCCUUGGACUUGGUCAUCAACAACGUCGUGGACUUCGAUCUGGUUACCAACGGCGAACCUGCCUUCACUGUAUCACCAUUUCCUGGAGUUCUGACUGUGGACAAUACACCACCAAAGGAAGAGGCGGCCAUUUUCUCUUCGCAUGUUCCCAGCGAUCAUCCAGGCCUUUUUUGUCUUGAGUUUACCAGUAAGACCGGUAUCCUUGCUGUUGGCGACUAUGGCAAGACCCUCAAACCCUCAACAGCUGGUCUGCCCCUUCCAUCUGUCGUACUGCCGAUCGGGCGGCUACAGAGCCGAUAUACGGACAAGGCCGGCAUCUCAUACUCAGUCGAUACUGACUAUGUCCUCGUCGUUGAUGCCAUCGCGGAUGCGCACCCUCUCUGGCUAAUGUUCGAUCGCAAUAUUGGAAGUCUGGAGGAAGACCGGGCCUACAUCAGACCAGAGACAACUAAGCUUGUGUUCAGCAGGACAGAAAAGAAUUUUGAUGCAGCCCAAGUGUUGCCAAGUCUCCAAGAUUGGAUCCAAUCCUAUGGUACCCUCGAUUUCACGCAGAUUCGGGAUUCUUUCCAACAGACCGGGAUCACAGGAGCAAUCAGGGCCAGAAACGUGACUUUCAGUGAUCUUCCUGCAUCCUGGACCAGAGUCACUCCUAUUCACGAGCAUAAGUAG